AGUUUGAAAGAACUAAAACGGAUAUUGCUAAUCGACGCUACAUACUUGACAGCUAACUAGCGUUAGCAAAGUUGUAGGCUAACGUUACCUCAAAACAGAACGAGUAUAUUCUUAAACUUACAAUGCAGAAUCACUGCGCUGUGUCAAACUGUACAAGUGGAAAAUCCGGCCCUGAGCCUCUCUUCAGGUUCCCGCAUGACGCAGAAAGGUCUAAGAAGUGGGUUGAAAAAUGCCAGAGGAAAGACCUCGUUGACAAGUCACCAGGCCAGCUGUACAGAUUCUACAGACUCUGUGGGAAACAUUUUGAAACAUCUUUGGUCGAUAGCAGUGCUCCGAGUGCAGCGUUGAAAGAUGACGCCAUACCGACUAUCUUUGAUGUACUGAACGAACCUCUGAGUGGUCAGGUGAAGCGCAGCAAAGAGACGCUGCAGACCAAAGAAGAUGAAAAGGACAACAAGGAGAGAAAAAAAAUGAAAAUGUCUCCAGCAGACGCCACCAACACAGAUGUCCACACACUCCCUGAAGAAGAGGAAUACAAAGAGUAUCUGAAGUCAUUAUUUGAAGUUCUCGCACUGCUUGGAGAGCAAAGCAUUGCUCCGAUAGGGCCUGGAAAUGACAAACAGGAUGGCCUUGGCUUAAGCAACUUUCAGGCCCUGUUGGAAUAUCGCAUGAAUUGUGGAGAUGAAGCUGUGAAGAAGAGGCACGAUGUGAACAAAGAGUGCUUCUCCCCAGCUCUGUUGAACCAGCUGAUUGACGUGUGCGAGAAAUGCAUUCGCAGUAAGCUGGUGGAGGAGGUUAAACAAAAUGGCUAUUUCUCAUUACUUACUGACGACUUGGUGAAGAUCUCGGGAGAGUGGUACCUCCCCUUCUUCCUCCGUUAUGUGGACCAGUCCAACUGCCAGCAGGAGAGGUUCGUUGGAUUCCUGUCCUUUGAGGGGGACGGUGAUGCCCUGGCAGAGACGCUGCUGUCCAAAAUUACUGAAAAAUGGGGCUUAGAUAUGGAGCAGUGUCGAGGCCAAGCUCACUCCUGCUCUGCUACGCAUUUUGGUAAAAUGAAAACAUUUGCGGCCAAACUUACCGAGAGGUUUCCCACGGCGGUGCUGACUCAAAGAUCCACUCGUACAUUGAACCUGUCACUGGCAAACGGGAUGGCUUUGUCAGGGGUUCAGCUCGUCUUGUCCACCUUGAAGAAGAUCGAGUCUUUCUUCAGUCAGUCCCCGUUGCUGGUGGUAGAGAUGGCGCACGCCAUUUCAAUCUUCUACCCGGACAAAGAGGAGAAGGCCAAGGAACUGAAGGAGAUCUGUGAAACCAGCUGGACCGGACGACAUGAUGCGUUUGAGGUGACGGCGGAAAUCCUGGAGGCGUUGCUACUCUGCGUGGACAGCGUUCACGACAAUGAGGACAUGCGGUGGAACGACCAGAUCACACACAACGCCCUAGAGAUUUCAAAAGCACUGACUGAUUUUGAAUUCAUCAUGGCGCUGGUUGUGCUGAAAAACACCCUGGCACUAACCCAGGCCUUUGGCAAGAACGUGCAAGGACAAGCAGCCGAUGCCCACUUUGCUACAACCAGUCUAAAAGCCGUAUUGCACACGCUAAAGGAAGUGUCCGACAACAUCGACGUGUAUCACGAGUUCUGGAACGACGAGGCCUUCAACAUAGCCACUGCCAUGGAGGUCCCAGUUAAGGUUCCUCGGUCGUUCCUGAGAAAGCACCAGUUAGAAUCUGGGUCCAUACGGCCGGAGAGUUACUACAAGGAGCACCUGUCCAUCCCUGUGGUGGAACACGUCAUCAGAGAAAUGACCGAAAUCUUCGCCGAGGACCACCUGAAGGUUCUGAGGGGUCUGUCACUGGUGCCCACUCUCAUAGAGAAGUACAAGUCUAUGAAACCUGAGGAAGAGAGCAUCCAAGUCUUUCAAAAAGACAUUCCCAAUGCCGCAACCCUCUCUGCCGAGAUGCACUGCUGGUGGGUUAAAUGGAGCAAAAAGGGCAAAGGCGAGACCUUCCCGUCCAACCUGCAGGAGACGCUGCAGCUGCCCGAUGUGAAGUUCUUCCCGAACAUGCUCGCGAUCCUGAAGCUAAUCGGCAUCCUGCCAACUUUGGGUCUGGGGGACGGCUACGAUGUGGCAUACAAACGCUACAAGAUGUACAUAGAGAACACGCCAGACCAAUUCAAAUCAAAGAGUCUCGCUCUUUUAAACGUGAAUUAUGAUCUUGGGUGUGACCUGGACUCGAUGGUAGACGUCUACAUGAAGACGUACCCCGACAGUGAGGACGCCUCUUGUGAUAUGUGAUUUGGUCGCUAAACCUCCACACAGGUUACCGUUAGUGGAUUAUCUAGCCCUCGUACUGAAUUAGCAUUUGAUGUGGGCCGUUUUGGUUUUCCCAAUAAAGUAAAGCAUGUAAAUGGAGGAGAAUAGUUUGCAGAGGGGCAUUGAUUGAAUGAUGAAUACCAAACAUCUUUCUGUUAAGUUAUUUGUCUCUGCUUGUCCUCUAGGUUCAUGUUUUCAUGUUGUGUUUCGGGGAAUGUUGUCAUUGUGAGUAAGAGUUAGUAGUAGUAGUAGUUGCUGUAGUUUUUUCUCCGCUUAAUGAAAUGUGCCAUCGCGAUAACCAAUCAGCUGCAGCUAAAACAAUUGUAUGAAUUAAAUUACAUUUUGCAUAAUAAAGCCAUAUAUGAUGCAGCUGA